AGUAUUUAGCAGUUGAAUGUGAAGGUGUAAAGCGUAAACUCCCUCCACUUCCUCAUUGCUUUGUCUUCUUCUUCUUCUUCGUCUUCUUUGCAUUUAAGAUCCUCACGACUCGCGUGUUUUAGCUUCGAAUUUCGACCCCUUAUGGGGCUCCGAGAUUAAUUAACAACAGAGAGGUGGAAUUCAUCUGAACCUUUCAAGAAACUCACGAGAUUUCCAUGGCCGAAGAGUGAUUUUGCAGGAAGCAGCCAGGCGAGAGACGGAAGCUAGGACGAUUUGGGGAUUUUUGAGCGACCAAAUGGACGGUGUCGAUGGAGGAGGGAGGCGGCGGCGGCAGAGUUUAAAGCAACGUCUAGGGUUUAAGGUUAUGGGCUGUUGUGGUGCUACUUGGGGUUCCCGGCCGGCGACAGGAAGCGUCAGAGGCGGCGGCGGCGGCGACGACGACGACGACGAUAACGAUGACCAGAGAGUACCGGAGACAGAGGUGACGAAUCCGCGCCGAUUUCAGGAGGAGAGGCAGUUGGAUCGGAGUUUUAUGAGUCCGUUAUCCGUUCCGUCGCCGGCGACGUCUGGGAUGAACUUAGCCACGGCUCUGGCGGCGGAGCGUCGUUUAAGAGCGUCACCGCGUGGAGCGGAGGGGGGAUUUUUGGAAUCUAGUAACAACGAUUUUGAUUCACUGGGCGGAAUGAUGGUAACGGAGACGCCGUUGAAGGUGUCGCUUAUACGGCUGCUGAACGAAACAGACGGUAGCGAUGGCGGUCGUGGGAGUUUGGGAGUGGCGGAAAAAAAGAGAGAAGAGGCGGGAAAUGAUUCGAUGUGUUGCGUAUGCAUGGGGAGGAAAAAGGGAGCGGCAUUUAUCCCAUGUGGGCACACGUUUUGUAGGGUGUGUUCGAGGGAGCUGUGGUUAAAUCGAGGAUUUUGUCCGCUCUGCAACCGUCCGAUCAUGGAGAUUCUUGAUAUAUUUUGAAGGAGCACGAUGCGUGCGAUGAAGAUAAGCGCAGACGAUAGUUGGGUACCGGAAGGAGAAGUGGUUGCCUCAAAAUUUCGAGACAGACUGUUUUGAUUGGACGAUACUGAACGUUGGCCGUAUCUGGACGACACGUGGAUGCUAUGCGGGUGACCGAACUUUUUUACUGACGGGAAAAAGUUAAAUCAACAAAUUCGAUGUAAUUCAUAAAUUUAAACUUUUUAUGUACAUGGGAUUUAACAACAA